AUGCCAAUGAUGAAAGUGACGGUGAUAUGGUCUUUGGAAAAGGAAGGGAAGCGAAAGUUUGUAGAUGACUGUGGAUCAUGGAGGGGAAUCUCUAUGAAGACAAUUGAAUACCUGGCAAAUCAAGGAUUUUUAGAAACAUUGUACAAAAAGAAAGGAAUUUAUUGUCGAAGUGUUAAAAGGACACAAGUUCCAUUAGACCCCAAAUCAGAAACAUUAGGCCUCGGUGAGUGGCAAGGUUCAGCACCUCAUGGGAAUGCUAAAAGAACAACCCAACCUUACAAAAGAACCACCCUGAAUAACAAUCAGUGAUAAGGGAUGGCGUGAAGCAUGGCAAGUUCCCAAUACAGAUCCUGAAAAAUGUCAAUUCGUUAGAUCCUGAAAAUCCCAUCAAUAUUAAAGUCGUUCAAGACGAAAAGUACAGGUAUCAAAAAGAGCAGAAACCAAAAUUUGCCAGUCAAAACAACACUGCAGAUGAUUUUCAAAUUCUCAUAAACCAACUUCAAUCUCAAAUUUUAUCAAGGCAAUUCAUGCAAACAACGAUCAAAAACUUUUAGAAAUGAGAGAAUGUGAUACACAUGGAUCUGUGAUAGGCAUUGAUAGAACGUUUAAUUUGGAAGCUUGAUAUGUGACAACACUGGUAUACACCAAUCCAAAUUUGCUGAGGAGAGGAAAAACAACCUCACCUGUAAUGUUGGGUCCUGUUUUCCUGCAUUGGGAUGGGGCAUAUUCCACAUAUUGUGAUUUCUUAGCCAAAAUCCGGUCAAGUUUAUUAUAUGAUCUGCCGGAUGAAAAAUUCACAUAUGGCACAGAUGAGGAAAUGGCAUUGGUAAAUGCAAUUAAAACCACAUUUCCUAAGGCAGGUCAUAUCCUUUGCACUCGUCAUCUUCAGGAAAAUGCUGUCAGAAACCUAAACAAACACAACAUCCCUUAAGCAGCAAAAAUCAAAUUGAUAAAUUCAAUUUUCUCCCCCUCUGGUCUCCUUUCUUCUAACAACCUUGUGAUGUUCCUGGAAAGAGAAUAAGAUAUUUUAGAAUCAUUUGAAGACAGUCCUGCUUUCAAGUGUUUGACAGAGAAACUCUUUCCAACAAUAAAAGAAAAAGUUUUCACCCCCAGACUUCGAAAUCAGAAAAUCCCCCUUCUGUGGAAAAUUAACUUUUGUGAGGCUGUGAAUAGCAAAAUCAAAUGGAUAGGCAAUUGGAAAGUAUCUAAAUUACCACAACUAAUUGGACGCCUCCAAGAAAUUAAAGAAAGUCAGUUGUUGGACACCAGAAGGGCACUCCAUGGACGAGGAAAUUAUGAAUUGGCGAUUCAGGCAAAGCAUUUAUUUGUCCCACAUGAGGCAUGGGUAGGAAUGAAUGAAGAACAAGGGAAAAAAUGGACUCUCAAAUUUUUCAAAUUCCAUCCACAAAGUACCUUGCUUCGACAGAUGGUUUCCUCACUAUUCCCUCAACAUCAAGAAUUGCCAAAAAAACCUGGGCCAAGUAAAAAGAGUCAGGAAUGCAAAGACAAC